GUUACUUCAGCAGUCUAUCUUCUUUUAGAGCUUCUUCGUUCAGAUAAUGAUGAGGUGCUAACAAAUGUAUGUUGUGCACUUUCUUACUGUAUUGAUGGUAUAUAUCGCAUUAUCCAAAACCACGAUAACUUCAGUCUAAUUUAUGACCGGCUGGUUGGACUCCUCCGGCAUGAGUCUUGUUCAGUGAUAAUCCCCGUCCUCAAAAUAGUUGUAGGUAUUGUUGAAAGAGAGGCGAGCUGGUAUUGUAAGUUCAAUCCUGCUGACCUUGGUUGCCUGGUGACGUUGCUUGAUAACCACAACGAGGACGGAGACGUGGUCAACGACAUUUGCAGCAUUAUCUGUGGCGUUGUCAGUUGUGGGAAUAUGGAGGUACUUGGUGGAUAUCUCCUGCAUAGAGGUUCUGUGUGAUUUUAUUGCUUCGUGCUCUAGUGAAACAUUUAUGAAGGACAGUUUUGAAAGUUUAGAGAAAAUCUUGGAGUUUGGGGCUCAGUCUAUUGACUAUGCUCGCCGGAUUGAAAAGAAGAUUAAAAGCAUUCACACUUGCAGUUGGAGUUGGCCUAGGCAAGUACCGUUCUAUUUUGGUGAGUUUUUGCAGAAAUUGGACAAGUAUCUGGGAAGGAGUAAGCGGAUGGAUCUCAAGGAUAUGUUUUGAGUCUUAUUUACAUUUUGUUAUCCAAGUAAAUUUAAGUACCAUGUAGAAUUAUAGAUUUAAAUUAAAGUAUCCUGAAAUUCUACGCACAAUUCAGUGUGUAAUUCAGUUAACUAUCUAAGUUUGCUAUUGAGAAUAUGACAAAUCCAGUCCAAGAAUCUAA